ACUGAAGCAGUGGCCAUUUGUUCCUGGCGUGUCCUUCAGGGGGCGAUACAAAUUUUGCGUCCCUCUUGCGCCGAAGCGGAAGCGAUGUGUAUCCGGCAAAAUGGACGACAACGGAGCGUCAGAUGAGAGCGGGAAGAAAGCCGAUAUCGAGCGCUCAAAGAGCGAAGGCAAAGAGCUGAGCAAAGAGGAGAAGCAGCGGCUGAGGAAAGAGAAGAAGCAGCAGAAGAAAAACAAAGACAAAAAGGACGAAGCCGCCAAGCCCGACGGGGGGGCGGGAGCGCCGUCGCCUUCGCACAAAAGCCCUUCCUCAGCGCCCGGCGCCGACGCUCCCGUGGCGCCGGUCGAGCCGGCCAAGGGCAAGGCGGAGCCGACGGCGGAGAAGAGACCUCGCCGUGACUCCGACAGGAGCUCGAAAAAGCGCGACGGCGGUCAGCAGCAGGCCGCCGCGUCCGUCGCCAAACCCAAAGUGCCUCCCGGCGAACUGCAGCCCGUGGUGAAGAGGCUGCCCGAGCACGUCCAAGUGGACGACCCUGUCGUGGUCAAGAAGUGGGCCAAAAAGCUGGAAAGACAACAGAUCCCGCUCCGCUCCGACUACGGCUACAAGGUCAGCCUCUUCUCACACUUGCACCAGUACAGUCGCAAAGCGCCGCUGACCCAGCAAGUCAGCAUCCCGUCGUCGGUCAUCCAUCCGGCUAUCGUUCGACUGGGCCUCCGCUAUUCGGAGGGCAUCGUGACGGGGUCCAACGCGCGCGCCGUGGCGCUGCUGCACACCUUCAAACAGGUCAUACGGGACUACACCACGCCGCCUACAGAAGACUUAGCCAGAGACCUAAUCAACAAAUUGAAACCUUACAUCAGUUUCUUGAACCAAUGUCGCCCCCUGUCGGCCAGCAUGGGUAAUUCAAUCAAAUACCUCAAGAAGGAGAUCGCCAACAUUCCGAGCCACUGCAAGGAAGACGAGGCCAAGAGCAAGCUGCUGGGGUGCAUCGACUCCUACGUCAAGGAAAAGAUCAUCCUGGCGGCCAAAGCCAUCGCCGAGAUCGCCAUCGAGAAGAUCAGCGACGGCGACGUCAUCCUCAUCUACGGAUGCUCGUCGCUGGUCGACCGCAUCCUUUGCGAGGCCUCCCGGGCGGGCCGCAAGUUCCGCGUGAUCGUGGCGGACAGCCGGCCGAGGCUGGAGGGCCGCGAGGCCCUGCGGCGGCUCGUCCGGCGGGGCGUCGGCUGCACCUACGUCCUCGUCUCCGUCAUCUCCUACGUUCUGCCCGAGGUGUCCAAAGUCUUGUUGGGGGCCCACGCGCUGCUGGCCAACGGUUACAUGAUGUCCCGCGUGGGCACGUCCCAAAUCGCCCUGGUGGCCAAAGCCUUCAACGUGCUGGUGCUGGUGUGCUGCGAGACCUACAAGUUCUGCGAGAGGGUGCAGACGGACUCCUUUGUGUCGAACGAGCUGGACGAUCCCGACAACCUGAUCGUGACUCGCAAGGGCAGGACGCAGCUGGCGCGCUGGCAGGACGUCCGCUCGCUGGGCCUGCUCAACCUGGUGUACGACGUGACGCCGCCCGACUUCGUGGACGUCGUCAUCACCGAGCUGGGGAUGAUCCCGUGCACGUCGGUGCCCGUCGUGCUGCGCGUUAAAAGCGUCAACCUGUGAGGCCGAUUGCGUGCGACCACCUUUGAGCAUGCGUGCGCUGAAUAAAUACAUAUGUCAAAUAUAUGAAGACCAGCCCUUUCCAA